UGAGCUCUCCCCCGUCUCAUAAGAAACCCUCGCGGAGCACACGCUGCUCCCCCCUCUCCCUCCCGCGCCGCCGCCGCCGCCGCCACCGCCGCAUCGCCGCUGCCGACGGCUGCGCUCCGAAGAAUUCUGUGAGGAUUUAAGCUGAGAAGAUGGUGCUGAAGACAGAGCUUUGCCGUUUUAGUGGCCAGAAGAUAUAUCCAGGGAAGGGCAUUCGCUUUAUUCGUGCUGAUUCACAGGUCUUCCUUUUUGCAAACUCAAAAUGCAAGCGCUACUUCCACAACCGCCUGAAGCCUGCAAAGCUUACCUGGACAGCCAUGUACAGGAAGCAGCACAAGAAGGAUAUCCAUGCUGAAGCUGUCAAGAAGAGGCGCCGCACCACCAAGAAGCCAUACUCUAGGUCAAUUGUUGGUGCUUCGUUGGAAGUCAUCCAAAAGAAGAGAGCUGAAAAGCCUGAAGUUCGUGAUGCUGCUAGAGAAGCUGCUCUUCGUGAGAUCAAGGAACGCAUCAAGAAGACCAAGGAUGAAAAGAAGGCGAAGAAGGCUGAGGUAACCAAGUCCCAGAAGUCGCAGUCGAAGGGUGCCGCCCCGAGGGGUUCCAAGGGCCCGAAGAUUGGUGGUGGUGGUGGAAAGCGCUGAAGAUUUCUUGAUCCCCAGGAAAGGGUCGCCUGGUUCUCGCCGGCUGUCUAAAUCGUAUCUCAUCAAAAGCUACCCUGUAGAACCUCUGUUAAAUUAGCACUACUGCCAAAAUGUUUUAACAUCGCCACUGGAGAUAAUGUCAUGAAGUUUGAAAUGCUAUGUGGGAAAAAUGUUUUUCUUUGGUUGUGUUACUAUUACGAGAUUUGACUUGGCUUAAUGUUUCUGAGCAAAGUUUGAUGCUGCUUGGCAUUUUAA